AUUAGCUGGCUAUGAUGCGUCGCUGCUGCUGGUGUAUUUUCCACACGGCAGGCAACUGUAAAGUGAGGCAGGUCCUUGGUUAACUCUUUACCCCGACGGAACUGAAGGGUGACUUGGAAAUACACCAUACUUUUGAAGGAUGGAUGUUGAUUUGUGUGCUGGAGGGGACAGUACCAGGAGAAAAGUGGACUUGACUGGAGCUGCAGAAGGCACCAUGGAUGUCGUACCAUUGGAGAUGUAUGACUCCGCCAGAGCGAAAAUAGCUGCCAACUUGCGGUGGCUGUUUGCCAAAGCCUAUGGCAUUGACCAUAUUCCAGAGGACUUACGGGACCCGUUCUACACAGACCAGUACGACCAGGAGCACAUCAAACCCCCUGUCAUCCGCCUGCUGCUGUCCUGCGAGCUCUACUGUCGCGUAUGCGCCCUCAUCCUCAAGACUGAGCAGGCAGCAUCCCUUCAGUCCCACCUGUCCGUCAUCCAGGCUCUGUCCAGAAAGGGCAUAUACGUUGUGGAAAGUGACGAUACACCUGUCACCGAUGAGGACCUGGCCAGUAUGCCCAUCAAAAUGAGUGCUCACAUGCCCAUGAUCGAUGCCCUCAUGAUGGCCUACACAGUGGAGAUGAUCAGCAUUGAGAAAGUGGUGGCUUCUGUCAAGCGCUUCUCCACCUUCAGUGCCUCCAAGGAGCUGCCCUUUGACCUGGAGGAUGCAAUGGUCUUCUGGAUCAACAAGGUGAACAUGAAGAUGAGGGAGAUCACAGAAAGGGAGCACAAGGUCAAGCACCACCCCCUGGAGUCCCCCAGCCACCAAAAGGUACGGUAUCGUCGGGAGCAUGCUUCAGGCAAACAACUGCCAUUCUUCCCACUUCUGGAAGACCUGAUGAGAGAUGUUUGUGACGGAGCUGCACUGCUCACUGUGGUCCACUGCUACUGCCCAGACCUCAUGAAGCUGGAAGAUAUUUGCCUGAAGGAAGUACCCUCCAUUGCUGAUAGCCUGUACAACAUCCAGUUACUCAGAGAGUUUGCCAACGAGUAUCUGAAUAAAAGCUUCUAUCUGACAACGGAGGACAUGCUCUACUCGCCGCUUGUGCUCAAGCAUAAUGUGAUGGUGUUCAUUGCUGAACUCUUCUGGUGGUUCGAGACCGUUAAGCCAGAGUUUGUCCAACCGAGAGAUCUCCAAGAGUUCAAAGAUGCUCGAGCCAUAGCUCAGCCCAAGAGUGCCCGCCCAUCAGUGCCUAUCUCGAACGCCACCAAGCGCAGCUUCCUGGCCAGCCCUGGUGUGGCCGAUAACCAGAGCAGCCCAGAAGUCUGUAACAGGUACUUCCUGCACCCCGAAGAGUCUGACCCCCUUAAAGGGGGUCCAACUUUCAGUCCUUCCCACCCACUCCUGCCCCUCCGACAAAGGCAACAAAAGCAGCAAGGAGAAGAUGGUGCAGGUCUCAGAAACCGCUCCAACUCUCUGACCCAGAUGGACGGACAACCCCGAGGCUCUGUUGUUGCAUGGCCAGACAAGAGGCAGAGACCUCUGUCCACACUGAGCCCCUACAUGUUUCAUUCAGCCACAGACAGCGAUGCAGACAUUGCCUCUGGUGACAGUGUGAGUCUGGCCCGCUCCAUAAGUAAGGACAGCCUGGCGUCCAACGUCAUCAACGUCACACCCAAACACCAGACUUCUGUCCAACAGCCGUCACAGGCUGCGAUACGGAGAGUCAACGGCCACGGCCUCCUGGGUAAUGUUAACACUGAGAACGAGGAAGAGACUCUGUUGGCAGUUUCAAGGACUGAUGGUUCUGUCAUCCCUAAGCGGGUUGACGGAAUGCAAGCGACUGCCCCAGUGGGUCCCAAACCUUCCGCUGAGUCCAAACCUGCACCGGAUAGCUUUUACCUAGAACCACUGAUGCCUGCCGUGCUCAAAACGGCUAAAGAGAAGUCUGUAUGCCUAAACAAGGAGGAGGAGAGUGGCGAAGGGCCUCGUUCUUCAGGAAGGGGCUCUCUGCGCCGAGGAGAUGGAUCUACAUCGGCCGUGCGUAGGAAAGCUCCCUGUGGCCUGAACCAAACAUUUACCCCACCGGGUGAGGAGGAGGACUUGUCAGAGGAACCUCCACAGAGUCAGGCAGGCUUCAGACCCAUUGUUACCAGCAGUGUCGACCCCUCGUCCAGAGAACCAGCAGGGGGUUUCUACCUGCAUUCAGAUUCUGAAGAACCAAAGUCUGGCCAGGGCCUGGAUGAUGAGCUGGAGGACCUGGAUGAAGAGGAAGAGGAUCUGGAUGAAGCCGUUACCACUAAGGACCCCAACUGGCCUAGGAAAGCCUUUAUAGAGGAGGAUGAAGAAGAAGAAUCAGCCAAACUCCAAGAGGACAUGAAUGUGAAAGAGCAUGAGGACAAAGAUAUGAACGGUGGCAGCGGUCGCUCCAGCCCCUGUCUCAGCGCCAACUCCCAGGCUAGCAGCAUGGCCAGUAGCAGUGUGCGCAUGACUUCCUUCGCUGAGCGCAAAGCCCAGCAGCAGCGCUUCGGCAGCAACCACGACCUACGCUCCAGUGCCUCCAGCUCCCAAAGGACCACUCCAGAUGGAUCAGAGAGCAGCGGGCCUCUGACUUCCUCCUGGAGGCUUAAAAGAGACCAGAGCCCCUCCUCACCACUGGGAGGAUGCUCACGUACAGGCGAUGGUGCUACUGUACUGGCUUCUGAAAUUGUACAGCUCCGAAUGCAGCUGGAGGAGAAGCGACGUGCCAUCGAGCACCAGAAGAAAAAGAUGGAGGUGCUGUCGGCGAGGCAAAGGCAGAAGCUGGGAAAGGCAGCCUUCCUGCACAUUGUAAAGAAAGGUGGAGGCAAGAGUGACACGUUACCCAAUCCACUUAAAGCUGACGUCCCUAAAGACAAGCUUGCUGGUGAGAAGGAACCAUCAAGUAAAGAUGAUAUGUGUGUGGAUGCCCUGAGGGGGGACAAAGAGGUGGAGGGAAAAACCCCAACAGGUGCCUUAGAAGCAGACAAGAAAGGAAACGGUGGAAGCUUUUACCUAGAAGAAGAGUUGGACCUGAACGAGUGCAGCCACUCCAUUGAGCUGCUGAACGAAGCCAUCAGCAGCAUCCAGCAGCAGAUGAUGCAGCUGUCACUGCAGCAGGAGAUGUUGAUGAAACAGAAUGUACAGUCCCCCCCUGGGCCAACUCCAGCACCUGUCCCCAGCGACAAAAACGGUGACCCUAAGGCAAGCUCAAGCUUUCACAUCGUGGAUCACCUCUCUGGCUCCAACACCGCCCCCACCAGGAAGCCUCCCAAGCUGAGCUCAGGCCGGAGCUCCAGAUCCAAGCCAUCAGAGCUAAAGAUAGCCAAGGAGCAGAGCCGGCAGGCCUCCAGGACCCUUACCCCCACCCAGAGUGGCUCAGAGACACUACCACACCCAAGGCAGUUAGCUGGGGGCAGGUCCCCCAGGACCGAGCAGCCCGACAGUCCCAGAAACCCCACAGCAGGAGAGACAAUCGACAGGCCGGGCGCUGGUCACAUUCGUAGCGCCACCUACCGGCUUCACGAUGAAGCAAACAUGCGCCUCCCGACCCGAGUGGAUCUGACAGCGGUGGUUGCCCCAGAAGUGUCCUUUGACGAGUGCCUGUCCAGCACCAUGAGAGAGUCUGAGCUUAAUUCUUCAGACGGUUCAGGAAAAGAAAACAUCCCAUCAGAGGAGGGGCAGCGCAGCAAAGCCAACCUGAUUGAGGUCGAUUUGUCCGACCUGAAAGCUCUUGAGGCAGAGGAGGCUGCGGAGGACACGACAACAGAGGGAGGUGACGGAGAGCAGAAGUCAGUCAUGGGCUUCUUCUUCAAGGAUGAGCAGAAGGCUGAGGAUGAGCUUGCUAAGAAGAGAGCAGCGUUCUUGCUGAAGCAGCAGAAGAAAGCGGAGGAGGCCCGUCUGCGUAAACAACAGCUAGAAGCAGAAUCUGAGCUCAAACGAGAUGAAGCCAGACGAAAGGCUGAGGAGGAUCGCCUGCGCAAAGAAGAGGAGAAGACGCGGCGAGAGCUGAUAAAGCAGGAGUAUCUGCGCAGGAAGCAACAGGAGAUGUUCGAGGAACAAGGCCUCGUCAAGCCCAAAACGCCCAAACCGAAGCAGAAACACAGACCCAAGUCUGUCUUUAGAGAGGAAUCAUCCAGCGAUAAUUUCUCCAAGGGAUCCUCUACACCUGACAACCUGAGCAACGCCCAAUCAGGCUCCAAUCUGUCCCUGGCGUCCGCUGCGACCAACGAGGCUGACAGCGUCAACUCUGGAGGGGCUGGCUCCCAACGCUGUGACUCUGUGGAGUCGUUCCCUGGCAGUCGUAACAACAGCCGGACUGCAGAGAGAGACUGGGACAACGGCUCCACUGCAUCUUCCAUCACCUCCAUGGCUGAAUAUACUGGUCCCAAGCUGUUCAAGGAGCCCAGCGCCAAGUCCAAUAAGCCAAUCAUCCACAAUGCAAUCUCCCACUGCUGCCUGGCUGGCAAAGUCAAUGAGCCGCAAAAGAACCAGAUCCUAGAGGAGUUGGAGAAAUGUGAGUCCAACCACCUGAUGAUCCUGUUUCGCGACGGUGGCUGCCAGUUCCGGGCGCUCUACUCGUACUUCCCCGACACAGAAGAGAUCCAAAAGCUGACGGGCACUGGACCCAAGAGCAUCAGCAAGAAGAUGAUCGACAAGCUGUACAAGUACAGCUCGGACCGGAAGCAGUUCACCGUCAUCCCCGCCAAGACGGUGUCGGUCAGCGUGGACGCCCUGACCAUCCACAACCACCUGUGGCAGGCCAAGAGAGGUACUGUGCCAAAGAAAAGCGGGAAAUAGCGGGCCGGAUUUUAAGAAAAAAACCCCUCUGUCAUGCAAACCAUCUUAUCCCCAUCUUGCUUGUUUCCUGAAUAGACUGCAUUGACGCCCACAGCCAAGCUCGCCUCCGUGCUCGGUCUGGAAACCUGCUAGGGAGAGGCCCCAAUUAUGGACAUGUGGUCACCUGAAGGCAGAGACAAGGGAAACGUUAUGUGUGUGUGUGUGUGUGUGUGUGUGUGUGUCACAGAUGGUCAGAGGGACUGGUGCUUGCAACAAAAAGAUGGAAUGCCGGCUAAGUUAGCUUCUCCUUCCUGUGAUCUCAGUGCGAUCUGUUCAGGUUUCUUCUGGUCCGGCUCUGUUUUUCUACGAUGACCACGACUCAAGCAUGUGGCUCUCUUUUUGUGUUUUUCUCCGUCUCUCUCAUACGUGGUGGAUGUAUUUAUUUAUUAGUUCAGCACUGUCAUGGUCGAGAGCUCAGCUGCAGCACUAAAGACCUUCCUCCUCUCCAUAAAAAACGCCUCUCCUUUGGACGUAUUUCGGACAAAUGGAGGGGGGACAUUGGGAGUUUUUCUGUGGCUCUUUUCAGAAACUCCGAAGCACGGGACCUUUGUCCAACCCUUUAGGACUAUUGGACGGCUCCGCCGUCCCAACGAAAACAAUCUUCUUCCUGUGUGGACUGUCGAAUCUGUCGAAUCAGGCUGGCAUUGCCGAUUUUGCCUCACCAGGGAUCUCCAAAAAACCUGCUGCUCUGAACUGUCUUCUUCUUUUUGUCACGGGGGAGCUCCUCAGGUCUCCCCUCAGACAUCUGUUGGCCUUUCACGCAUCGUGGUACUAUCGUCUAUUUAUUCAACUGCUUUUUAAACUAGACGCUGAUCGUGUAGCACUGGAUAUGUGUAUAGCCCAAAAAAAAAAAAGGAAAAAAAAAGGAAAGCUAAUGAUGGUCAUUUUAAAUACUUUUAUUUAUCCAAACAUCCUCUUUCUUGAGGGUGUCAAAAGAGGGUGAAUGAGGUUUUGUUACACAAAUGAUGCUUUUUUCUUUUUCUUUUUUUUUUUUUAGCUUUUAUUUUAUUAUUAUUAUUAUUAAAGCAAUGUGGUAUAGAGUUUGAGCUGAUGUUAUGUGUUUUCAUCAUAACGAGAAUUCUCUGAUGUUUAGAGCUUAGUUGUGUUUUUCUCCACUGGGCACUCUUGAAUUGUCCUGUAUAAAGGUGCACUCAUGAACACUUGUCGGCGGCUUCUUUCAUGCAAUGUAACCCCCCCCCCCUCCCCUCCCUGAGUGUGUUUGUCGGCCUGUCCCAUCUUUAUCCGCGAGAGCAGCGCACACACUCUUGUUCUGAAGGGUGUCUCGGUGCUGGUCUGUAACCGGUUCGAAUGACAGUAUUUGAUAUAUUCACAAAGGGGUUUCUGUGUGCGGGCGGGCGGGUGGGGGACUGUGGUUCAGUUAUGUACCAACAUUAAAGAACAUUCCUCCAAGGUGUUGACAAACACUGCCACAUGGUCUCUCUCUUUCCCUCUGUCUUUUUUCCAAGAAUCAUCAAAAGUGCUUUUUUAGAAACCAUUUGUUGGCCUCGAGAACAACCAGAAGUGUUGCACGAGCACUUUAUUCUCUGUUUGUUGGGGAAUUUUACUUUUUUUAAAUGGGCAUAAAUACUAAAAAAAAAAAAAAAAAAACCAGUAACACUGCUGUCAUGUGCUCCGUAAAUUGUGGAAACUAAACCAAACACUAAGAGUUAGUACUGACAUGUAAAGUUGAAGGGCCUCCGCUGAUGUGAUACUACUGCUGUCUCCAAAAACAACAGAAUACUUGAUUUCUCAUGUGCUGCAUUUUGAUUUGUUUUUGGGGCGUUUUGAGGCGGAGGAGGAAGGUGGCAGAUUUUUAUUUGUAUGUGAGUGUAUUUUUAUGUUCACUAAAAGAUUGUACUGGCAUUUGGUCACCGUUUUUGUUACACUAGGUCAUCCUUGUUGAUUUUAUCUUUGAUCCCAUGCCAUCUAUUUAUUUUAAAAAUGGAAGCACUGAAACGGAAUAAAUUUUCAAGUGAAUAAAAGUCA